UGCUUUCUUCCCUCGUUGGCUUAACAUUUCCGUCAUCUCCUGCGCUCUUUCUCUUAUUUUUAUCCGUUCUACCAAGUAAUAAUACUAUGCGCACCGCCGCUUUCGUGUGGGCCGCUCUGGCCAGCGCCGUCUUCGCCAGCCCGGUCGAGCUCCAGCCCCGAGCCGCAUGCACCAGAACCACGCACACCACAACCACCUUUACUCGCGCUGGCGCGGUGGCGACGAAAACCGUCACACGCACGGUGCAAGGGGGCGUGUCCACUACCAUCAUUCCUGCACCGUCGGGAUUUGUGCCCAUCCAGUCUGCGAUCCCGGGCGCUGUGUACCAAGGCAGCGGCGGGAGCGCCCCGAUCAAGCGCGCUGUGCUCGUCGAAGAAGACGCAUUGUUGCCCCGUGCAGCGGCGCCGGAGCCCCAAAAGGUGGGCGCCUGCCAGACGUCCACGUCAACCUUCACCACCUACUUGACCAAAGCCCCGACCACGAGGACAGUCACGGCGACCACGACCGCCUAUGCUUCCACCACGACCGUCUACGCCGCUUGCGCCUCGAACAACCUCGCGGAUUACUACACGCCCAACAGCCAGAGCUUUUCCGGCGGCCAGCCCUACAAACCGAGCACCUUCAGCUCGUUCGGAGCGACGUCCACCGCAGCACAACCCAGCGCGUACGCAUGCUGCGUCGCAGCGCUCCUGUACGGCGCCUCCUACGGCGACGGCACCGCCGCCGCGCUCUUCACGUACGUGCCAUCGAAUUCCGCUUGCAUUGUGUACUACACCGUCGACACGUGCCCAAGCCUGCAGGCGUACUCCCUCGAGGCCUUCACCAUCACGCCGCCGAACCCGAACUACGACCCGGCGGUUAUUGGCAAUCUGCCGUGUGGGCUGGUCGACCUCGUGCAAUCCCUCGAAUGAGCGCGGUCGAACUUCUCGGGUGCGGGGAGAUGUGGUGGAGAAUGGGUGUCUUACGCCUCGCUACAAUCCAAGGGAUAUCAGACCUACUCGAAUAUGCUAAUUUCCAAAAC